AUGGCGCCCAUCGGCCCUACAUUACCACCACACCUUUCCAAGCGAAAGCGCACCCCCGACGAUGAAGGCGCCGGCGACUCUCCGUCCCCCAAGAGAUCUACCACAAACAACGAUGAGAUCGCAUUGGACGACGGCGACGACUCGGAUGACGGCUACGGUCCCUCGGCACCAAAGUCCCAAAGCCAAGCUCCCGCCAGACCAUCCAUAGGCCCGUCACUGCCUCCCCCACCCGAGAGUAACCAAAGGCCAGCCAUAGGGCCAUCCAUAGGACCCUCGAUCGGCCCAACCCUUCCGCCCUCAAAUACCAACACCAACGAGAUCGCUCUCGACGACUCAGACUCGGACUCAGACACCGGGCCCGCGCCCGCCCCAGCACCAGCGCCAAAGCGAGUCCUCGGGCCCGCACCACCGCCAGCACCGCUCUCGGAGCGGCCGACGCACGCACCCGACGCAGGGCCCGGUCGCGGUCCCGGGCCGGACUCGGACUCGGACUCAGACGACGACUACGGCCCCGCGCUGCCGACCUCGACGUCGCACCUGGCGCGGCAGAGCCAGGCCCAGGAGGCCGCCGCCGUGGCCGCCGCGAACCCCCAGGCCCCGCAGCGCGACGACUGGAUGCUGGCGCCGCCGUCGGCCGACAGCGCGCGCCGCGCCGACCCGACGCAGAUCCGGGCGCGCAAGUUCAACUCCGGGCCGCGGGCGGCCGCGGGCGGCGGCGGUGGCGGCGGCGGCGGAGGAGGAGAGAUCAGCAGCAUUUGGACCGAGACGCCGGAGCAGAAGCGGCAGCGGCUCGAGAACGCGGUGUUGGGGCGGGCCGGGGCGGAUGGGAGCAGCAGCAGCAGCAAAACCGGGGCGGCGGGCGGCGCUGGUGGUGGCGGUGGCCGGCUGACGCGCGAGGAGGAAGAGAAGGCGGCGUGGAUCCGGGCGAACCUGGAGGCGGCGCGCGGCCCCAGCCUGUACGCGGAGCACCAGCGGCGCGAGGGCGGGGCGGGCGGGCGCAUCGAGGCCGAGGAGGACGACCCCAGCGCGCGCGGCUUCGACUGGGAGAAGGACAUGCGGUCCGGCAGCCGCAUCGGCACGGCGCAGCGCAAGGAGCUGAUGAGCAAGGCCAGCGACUUUGGCGGCCGCUUCAGCAAGGGCAAGUUCCUGUAA